AGACACAGACAUGCGGAUGUUAUUUGGUAGAAAACAGCCGACCACGUGUUUUAAUGAAAUAAACACAUUUUCGCGUCCGCUUUAGACAUUAACACCAACACCUCUGGACUAUUUAUUUUUCAUUCAACAUGUGCAGUAAUUAUCCCACGCCGCUUUACUCCCACGCUGGACGCGGAAGCUUCCAGGAUGUGUACGAGCCUGCAGAGGACUCCUUUCUGCUGAUUGAUGCCCUGGAGAAAGAUGCAGAGAGGCUGCUGCACAUGAGCCCCUGCGUGUGUUUGGAGGUGGGCUGCGGGUCUGGGGUCGUCUCUGCAUUCCUGGCAUCAGUGGUUGGACCUUCAGCUCUCUACCUAUGUACUGAUGUGAAUCCAGCUGCAGCGCAGUGCACAGCCACAACCGCUUCCUGUAACCGGAUCUCACUGCAGCCCGUCAUCACAGACCUGGUGGACAGUCUCCUGCCUCGGCUGUGUGGGAAGGUGGACGUCCUCCUCUUUAACCCUCCAUAUGUGGUCACUCCUUCAGAAGAGGUGGGCAGCAGAGGUAUAGAGGCUGCCUGGGCCGGCGGGGAACGAGGCAGAGAGGUCACCGACAGAUUUCUUCCUCUGGUUGCUCAGCUGCUCUCCACUAAAGGCCUGUUUUACCUCAUCACCAUAGCUGAGAACAAUCCAGAGGAAAUCAUCGGGUUAUUAGGCCAAUUUGGACUGGAAGGAGGAACCUGCUUGUCUACCAGAGCUGGAAAUGAAAGGCUGUCUGUCCUGCGCUUCCAUAGAAACCAGCUGACCUGUUGCACCAGCACCACAGAGUCCUGAGAAAGGUUGCUUGUGGACCAGUGAACCCACAAUCCAGGCCUCUUCGUGGCCCUGAAGCUGCCGUAGGACCCUCUGAGCAUCCGGCGGCGCCACCACCAGCACCGCCCCCAGGCCGCAGUUGAAGGUGCGGGCCAUCUCCUCCUCGCUCAGACGGCCUUCCUUAUGGAGCCAGGAGAAAACUGCAGGGAUGCUCCACUUGGACGCAUCUGAGCCACAGAAACAAUUUUAUUU